AACAAAUCCAGCUGCUUUAGUGGUGUUGUCUGUAAUAUUACUUUAUUUCUGUUUUGAUACAUUAUGAUGAACAUUACAUUGAUCCUGUGUGUCUUCCAUCAGACUCGAUCCCAGAAAAAGCCCAGGGAACCGGUCAGUUUCUUCAUUCCCCUGAUGGAAGAAGAGAAAGAGGAGGCAAAGAAAGCCAACAUCAGUUUUGGUGAUUUCUUGUCCGACCACCUGGCGCUUACAGGGGGUGACAUUGUGGAGACUCCUGUCCCUCUACAAACCACACCCCCAAUGGAGACUGAGCCAAACAACACUCCUGAGCCUGCUCCUGUUGAGGUCCAGCCUUCAGAGCCUCAUCCCUCUGCCUCUCCUAGUAACCCAAAAGAGAGGAAGAAGUACAAUCGGGAAUUCCUGCUGCGUUUACGCUUCGUCAGUGCCAGCAUGCACAGACCCGAGGGUUUUCCGGACAUCCCCGGCGUCGUUCUGGACAAGGUAAACAUGACAGUUAGUGACAUGACGCUCUAUAGGAGCACAGUGCUUUACUCAGUAUGAAGCGUCAGGCUAAUGUAUCACUUUUUAUUGCCCUGGAGC